AUGGCCCUGCAGUUGCUGGCUCUGACCUUUCUCCUGGUCCUCGUCCCUCUGCUGGGAGCACAGGCACAAGAAGAUACUGGUCCCAAGACCCAAGGAGUACCCCGGGAAACAGAAAUGUGCCAAAAGCCCUCAUGGGACACAAGACUCCGUCUGGCACCAAACCAGGAGGAGUACAGGAGGAACGAAGAAGUGAUGCUGAGCUGCCCUGAGGGUUUACAUCCAUCUUUCAGCCACAUCAAAUGUUCAAGAGAAGUCCAGUCCAUCAGCACUGGGAAACCUGUGUACAGAGAAGUUUGGAUGGGAAAGGGCACGGGAGGUGCCUGGACCCACAUUCUCUCCAAGGUGGAGUGCGUGGAGGCCUUCCAGGUUGUGCCUGGGACCUUGGAGGUUUCCACCACCAGCAUCAAACUGAACUGGACCUGCAGUCUGCCUGAUGCCUGCCAGCGUAUGCAGGCCACGUGCAGGCUGGCAGGGCCUUCCUCCUCUUCGUGUGAUGCUGAGGAGGUCACGGCACAGGAGAUGCUGCGCGGCCAGAAGGGAACAUUUACCUGUCCCCCUCUGCAACCCUUCACGGACUACAGUGUCACCAUCUCAGUGCCCCCCAGCUCAAUCCUGUUCACACGGCUCCUGAGGACAAAGGCAACAGUGCCCGAGAAGCCGGAGCGGCUGUGGCUGGAUGCCAGCACGGGGACGCUGCGGUGGCAGGCGCUGCCCUCCUGCAAAGGGGAGAUCCUUGGAUACCAGCUGAACGUCACGGCCAGGAGCGCACAGGAUGGCAGCUUCCUUGAAUUCCAGCAGGUGACAGUGAACAGCUCUGUCACCCAGUACACGCCACCUCGUCAGAUGCCGGGGAGCAAAUACACGGUGACAGUCCAGGGCGUGACGGCCGCUGGUGCCGGCGAUGCAUCCCACCUGGAAUUUCAAGCCUAUGUCUCGGAGCUCCAGUCCUAUGAAAACUCGGACCAUUACUGUGUGAUCAAGGAGAGAUUUCUGGCUGAAGAAGACGCAGGUAGAGGUGGCUGGGCUGGAGAGCGACCGUCCCUGUCCCUGUGCAGGACCUUGGAAGACCACAGUGGGCGUAAGAGAGCAGAGAUCGCAGGGAGGACGACCCCAGCUUAG